UUGCCAGUCUUGUUCAGGAAGGAGAUGGAAUUUCCCUAGAGAGGGAAAAAUCCUUUGGAGACUGAUUACCCACCUCCCCACCCCAAAGGGCCCUGAGUGUGCGGUGGGUGUGUGACAACUGAGGGAGAGAGACUGCAGGGCUGUGUGCUCUACUGAUGAGAAACUGCGAUGCAUGCGGGAGAAAUAUGUGUGUCCCCAAUACGGGUGUGAGUUUGUGUUCCAGGAAGAGGCAGCGGUGUGUAUGGGGGGAUGCAUUCUUCUAGCCCUGUGUACCCCCAUCCCACAAGCAGCCUGGCCUUCAUCCCCACCGCCCCUCACUCCGCACAGCCUCCAGCACCUGCCCGUGGAGCUACACCCCUGGCACAGCCCUUACAGACACACUCACUGCCUCCCCAACACCAGCUGCCUCCUCGAGCUUGUUCGUGAGGAAAACGGGGUGGGGUGGGGGCAGGACACCAACCGGUUCGCCAAUGAAGCCGGUUCCCCGCUGUCCUCCUCGCCCCCUCCCUCCUGGCGCCUUCCUCGCCCCUCCCCCUCCAAGUCCCCACCGUGCGGUCCCCCGCCCCGCGCCGGCCCCCGCCCCGCCAAGCUGGCCUCCAUCCCGACCCGGGGCGGCGGGCGGCGGGCGGCGGGAAUCCGCGAGAGAGGGGCUCGGAGAGACCUAGUGGGGCCGAGCCCGAGAGGCUGGGACGUGCGGGAGGAGGGAGGCCCGGAGGGAGGAGGGAGGAGGGAGGAGGACGGCGAGCUGGAGCCGGCAGGCGGCGGGAGCCCGGGCGAGCCGCGUCGAGAGUGCGGUCUCCAUGGCAGUGCUGGGCGCAGCCCGAGAUUCCCAGUGAGUGGGAGGGCGAUUGUGCAGGCUCGGGGAGAUGGGGCUGAGCACCAGGACCACUGGACCCAGGAGCCUGGAAGGUUGGGGAGGGGCUGUAAUAUCACAUCCCAGUUUCCCAUGAGUCCUCGAAGAGAAACAAGUCAUGCCUCUGCCAUACAUAGCUCUGAAGAAAGAUUCAGGGAUGAAGACAACAUCUGUUCAGGCAGCUGAGCCUCCCCCCACACUCCUGGGGGCACCCAGAAGAGCCCUGAUUGGUCAAGAACCAGAGGAAGAAGAGACUUGGACAUCCUGGCAUGGGGACCAGGUCUCUGCAACCAGCCUCACAGCUGGGGAAGCAGUCAGCUUGCCUCCCCCGUCAACUGUAGGGUUACUUCAGAAGGGGCCCCACCCAGUAUGGAGGCUGAGGACGACCUCUGCUGACCCUCAGUCUCCUCCUCUGCCUGCAACACCUGACCUUAACUGGGUCAGACAUGCAAUGCUGAGCCGCAGGGUGGACCGAGGGGCAGCCUGCCUCACUCCCGGGCAAGGGUUGUGGGCAUCAUGGGGGUGUGUGUGAGUGGGGCUCCUGGGUGAGACCUAGCCCCCACCCCCAGGAGUUCGAGGGGGGUGGGGGGACUGAGGAAGGAUGGCUCGGAGUGGGGCGGGGGCGGAGGAGGCCUCCCUUCGCUCAAACGCCUUGUCCUGGCUGGCCUGCGGGCUCCUGGCACUGCUGGCCAAUGCCUGGAUCAUCCUCAGCAUCUCAGCUAAGCAGCAGAAGCACAAGCCGCUGGAGCUGCUGCUCUGCUUCCUGGCAGGCACGCACAUCCUCAUGGCGGCCGUGCCCCUCACCACCUUCGCGGUGGUGCAGCUCCGGCGCCAGGCCUCCUCCGACUAUGACUGGAACGAGAGCAUCUGCAAGGUCUUUGUGUCCACCUACUACACCCUGGCCCUGGCCACCUGCUUUACGGUCGCCUCCCUCUCCUACCAUCGCAUGUGGAUGGUGCGCUGGCCCGUCAACUACCGCCUCAGCAACGCCAAGAAGCAGGCGCUACACGCUGUCAUGGGCAUCUGGAUGGUCAGCUUCAUCCUCUCCACACUGCCCUCCAUCGGCUGGCACAACAACGGAGAGCGCUACUAUGCCCGCGGCUGCCAGUUCAUAGUCUCCAAGAUCGGCCUCGGCUUUGGCGUCUGCUUCAGCCUCUUGCUACUUGGGGGCAUUGUCAUGGGGCUGGUCUGUGUGGCUAUUACCUUCUACCAGACGCUGUGGGCCCGGCCCCGGAGGGCCCGGCAGGCCCGGAGAGCGGGAGGCUGGGGUGGGGCCAAGGGGGGCGGGCCAGGGGGGUUGGGUACCCGGCCAGGCUUUGAGGUGCCAGCCAUUGUGGUGGAGGAUGCCCGGGGGAAGCGGCGGUCCUCGCUGGACGGCUCCGAGUCGGCCAAGACAUCCCUGCAGGUCACCAACUUGGUCAGCGCCAUCGUCUUUCUCUAUGACUCACUCACAGGGGUGCCCAUCUUGGUGGUGAGCUUUUUCUCCCUUAAGUCGGACUCCGCUCCCCCAUGGAUGGUGCUGGCUGUGCUGUGGUGCUCCAUGGCACAGACGCUGCUGCUGCCGUCCUUCAUCUGGUCCUGCGAGCGCUACCGCGCCGACGUGCGCACGGUGUGGGAGCAGUGCGUGGCUAUCAUGUCCGAGGAGGAUGGUGACGACGAUGGGGGCUGUGAUGACUAUGCAGAUGGCCGAGUAUGCAAGGUUCGCUUUGAUGCCAAUGGGGCCACAGGACCAGGAGCCAGGGACCCCACCCAAGUGAAGCUGCUGCCUGGAAGGCACAUGCUCUUUCCCCCUCUUGAGAGGGUCCACUACUUACAGGUCCCUCUGUCCCGCCGUCUGUCCCACGAUGAGACCAAUAUCUUCUCUAAUCCUCGGGCACCAGGCUCCUUCCUGCACAAGUGGUCAUCCUCUGAUGACAUCCGGGUCCUCCCAGCCCAGAGCCGGGCCCUAGGGGGCCCUCCUGAGUACCUAGGACAAAGACAAAGGCCGGAGGAUGAGGAGGAGGAGGAGAAGGCUGAAGGUGGGGGGCUGGCCAGCCUCCGCCAAUUCCUGGAGGGUGGGGCUCUGGGGUCAGCUGGGGGACCCCCACGGGGUCCUGGCUUCUUCCGUGAGGAGAUCACCACCUUCAUCGAUGAGACACCUCUGCCUUCUCCGGCUGCCUCUCCAGGGCCCUCUCCUCGCCGGCCCAGGCCGCUGGGCCUCUCACCACGCCGACUCUCCCUUGGGUCCCCUGAUAGCAGAGCCAUUGGACUUCCUUUGGGCCUAAGUGCAGGGCGACGCUGCUCCCUGACAGGUGGUGAGGGGAGUGCGAGAGCUUGGGGAGGAUCCUGGGGCCCAGGUAAUCCCAUCUUCCCCCAGCUGACCCUGUGAAUCCAAGAGGACCUGCUGGACUCAGAGGAGGGGGCCUGGGUGGGUAACACCUCGAUCCAUCACUGAGCCUGGGGCAGCUGCCUCCAGACUCCGGGGAGAUGGGCACUGGAUCUGGGGCCCUGGAACCCCUGCUGUCUCCCAUCCAAGUGACCAGAUGCCCUAAUCACCUCCCAUCAACCCUAGCAAAAUGUAUUAAAGUCUAAAGUGUUACCAUGGAAA